UCGAAUGAGCGGAGCAGUUAGCGAGGCGGAGUGGCGCGCGCGCUCAGCUCCGUGUUGCACGCGGCUCCGCCGUAUUGUGUGUACGGAGUUGGAUUUCGAGGAUCGAUCGUGGACGGUACGGGACGACCGACAGUCAGGUACAGUCAGUCGUUUCGAGGCUACCGAGCUAAACGGGUGUCGUUCGACGUUCAGAGCCGCGCCGGUUCUGCCCUCUUCCUCUUUCUCUUCCAAACUGUUGUAGACUGCUGUUCGUCGUUCGACCGCGCGCCUAUCUCGCUUCUCUCUUUCUCCUCGCGCGAUUACGGUGCACGCUCCUCUUCGGAGACCAUGAAGAGUGUCGUAAAGACGGCGUCCAGUCUUCUCGCCUUGGCGGUGAUCCACUCUGCCAUGUGCGCAUCAUCCGUCACGGAAACUGUGGCCAACUUCUUCCCCGAGAUCGAGGGGAAUCUUACCAAGAUCACCUGGGCCCACGCCGUCAACGACAAAGCAAAGUUGAACAAGACGUUGGAAGGGAACGCGAUGAUGCUGGAGGCCGACGUUGUGCUCGGCAAAGUAACAGGACAGGACACCGUUCAACCUAUAAUGGCGCAUCCGCCUGCGAACGAGAGCGACCUGUCGCUCGAGAAUUUCCUCAACGCCGUGAUCGAGAAGAAGGGAAGGAAGGGGAUCAAGCUGGACUUCAAGAGCAUCGAGGCGUUCAACGGGAGCAAACCUAUCCUCGACAAAGUUCGCAACAACUUGACGUUCCCAGUGUUCCUGAACGCCGAUAUACUGGAAGGGCCGACGAACGCAACCGCGACACCGGUCGACGCGAAAUCCUUCGUGGGCCAAGCGAAGGCGUAUCCGGAGUACACGCUGUCGGUCGGCUGGACUACCAACUACACGGAGAACGGGACGGAGAAUACCGACCGAUACACGGAACAGCAGAUCCAACGGAUGAUAAGUACGCUGAAGGAGCAGAAAGUUGCUCAGCCGGUAACUUACCCGGUGAGGGCAGGCCUCGCGGCGAACGACGCGAGCGUGAUCAAGAAGUUGAUGGAGAAUUCGGACAUCAAGAACGCGAGCCUGACCGUGUGGUCGAGCGAGAGGGACAAGGUGGACGCGGACAAGUUGUCGCAGCUGAUACGGGAGAUCGGGGUCGAGAAGGUGUACGUGGACGUGCCCGACGAUCUGAUGGCCAAGCUUCGAUUGUCGGCCGCGUCCAGCCCGAGGUCGCCAGCCGUCGCCCUCGCGCUCGCCGCCACGCUCUUCCUCGCCGUUUCCUCCAUCCUGCCGUCCACGUUGUGAACGAUCCCUGGGACAGGGGGAGAGGAGGAAGGCGAGGCGAUGACGAGAUCGGCGAGAUCGAAUCCAUUCGUUAGAAGAAGAACUCCUCGUCGUCGAGCUGCUACCAGCACGUUUUUUUUAGCACGUUUAGCGUUAAGCUUAUCCGCGAGACGGACGUUUUUUCUAAGUAUUUUAAGGAAGCUUGAAGAAAUUAGAGAUUGAUUAUUAUUAUUAUUAUUAUUAUUAUUAUUAUUAUCGUUGUCCUCCCUCGCUCGAUCUCGAUCUCGAUCGCGACCACUUUCGAUGCUUUCGAUCGACACUCUCGACGUUUCCAUACUUUCCUCUCCUUCCUCCUCCUCCUCCUCUUCUCCUUGUCUUCUGUUUUUUUCUCUUUUCUCGCGAUUUCUCUUCCGUAAUUUUAGACAGAGAAUCUUUUUUAGAGAGAGCGAGAAUCGCGACCAGGCGCGUUUUUUCUUUUCGUAUCUCGAUUUUUAAGAUUAAAAAAAAAGAAAAAAAAAAAAGAAAAAAAAGGGUUAAAAAGUAAUAAUAAUAAGGAGUAGAGUAAGUAAGAUAAUAAGAUAUGUAAGAGUAAUAAUAACGUAAUAACGGAAAGUUCGCAUCGAUAGAUCUUGCUUUGAUAUAAUAAUUAAGAAAGGAACGUUUGUUUACCGUUUCUUUUUCCUUUUUCUUCCUUCCUUUCUUUUCUUCCUCGAUGCAUUCCACACACACACAUUUUAACGUUGUUAUUUUACGUUACAUCUUGUAAAACGCGAGCGAUGCAAUCGAGGAGAUCCGAUUCGAGAUCUUUUCCUUCCUUCCACGACGAUACCACAGCGGACGUAUCGUAGGUGGCGCGAUUAUUACCCAUCGUACCCAUUUAGUGUUCAUCGACGUAUCUCCUGUACCUGCCUUCGACAUAUCUCAGACAUAGUUUCAGGAACAAGAAAUGCGGAAACGGACAAAAAAAAAAAGAGAAAAGAAAAGAAGAGAAACGGUAUAUAUAUAUAUAUUAAACUUUAUCGAAGCUGUAACGCCGUAAGCCAAAGGAUUGUGAAUGCGAUUGUGAAUACGGUGCACCCGCGCACCGAGUUUGAUAACGAAACAAUAAAAUUAUGCGCAAAAU